CCAAUCAGCGGCUGUCAGGGACACAUGAACGGCGAUAAUAUCCGCGGAACAGCCGCUGCAGGCAGGAGGAACAAAGAAAGCCGCUCGCUGUUCGUAAGGCGUCCUUUCACUUCGUCAACACGGACGUAUACCGUGUUGGAUUAGGUCUGUGUGGGUUUUUGUUUGUCUUUAGCGUAAAGUCAUUACCGUAACUAUUACAUGUUAUUCUACGUAUUAAUUCCGAGCAGUCGUUUUCACUGAGGAAAGAGGAAACUUGGCGUCGUGAGAGGUGGUUUAGUUUUUUUUUUUUUUUCGUCGGGUCGUCUUUCUCGAAACCCUCCAGCUUUGGAUGCGCUUGCCGGAGGUCUGUGUGUGGUAAGUUAGUUUUUCUUUUUCUAUCAGUCAGAAACUACAGAGUCUGUAAAGGACGCUCGUCGCUUUGCAUUGCGGGAAGCAGAAAACUCCUCGAACUCAAACUUUGCCUGUUUGAUUUCUGAGGCUCGCGAAAGCGACGUUACCUUCUUCUCACGAACAGCCCGGAGACGGGAGCGUUCUCCCGAAAUCACUAAAUGUUCGGGUCUUGUUUUCGUGCUCCCCUCCUUGAUGACAGACGACACAAAGAAUAACUAAACUUAAAGGUGUUUUCUGAGUAUUUCGGCAUAAGCUUUUUGAGAGCAGGUCGGUCAUUGUUAUGUUUAAGGCUAACUUGUUGAGCAGCUAGGACUGGCGCUUCAGCUGGCGUAUAUAGGCUUGGUAUACUCAUCUAAAUGACUUCGUAGGGAGGCAGUCGUUCCCGGAUGCAUUAAGAUGACAUUGCUGCAGCAUUAAGUCAAUCGACCUGUAUUGUAGUUGACUAAAAUGUGUCAACACCAAACUAUUUUAUUUAUUUAUUUUAUUUAUUUCUUUGCCGUUUUAAAGGAUCAUGCAUGAAACUAGUUUUCCUUGUGUUUAUAAGCACAGUUUUCACCACCUGAAUGCCUGAGGUCUUGAGAUGUUUUCACAUGUGUGUUGUUUGAUUGGUUUAAUUUCGCUAGUUGGUGAACUUCUUUUUCUGAAACGGGCUGUUUUCCAUGUGAGCAAAACAAGGUAGGUAGCAGAGUGUGUUUCAACCAAUAGCAGCUAGGCUGUUUGACUCCAUUCAGUGGCCAUUUAAUCUUAAGCCUGCCUGCUAUUCAAGGCUAAACGCCUAGCCUGUAACCACACCAUCUGCUUUGCCCUCCAGGGUAUUGUCAGGCUACUGUCCAGAUCAAGUGUUAUGGGAGAUUUGUGUGGGUGGACCACAGCAGAUGGUAAGAUGGAGAGCAUAGCUGGCUGAUGUGGCAGCUAGGCAAACCAUUGUGGUGGUUGGUUGGAUCGUGUUUUUAGUUGUCAACAGUGUAAUAAACAAAAGCCAGAAUCUUUCAACAGGCAAGCACUUUCCACAGCUCCAUCAGAGGCAGCACUGAACAUGGUGUGAAUGUUAACUAGCUUCCCAUACAGUACAACGGCAAGCUUAUCUUCUCCUAAUAGAGGAGCUAAUGACCCCUGCACUCCACUUCCAGCCAUCAGGAUUUCGACCCUGUGGCUAUCAUGACGUCAGCUCACCUCACUUUGACCAUGCAUAAAUGUAAACAUGGCGUUAGAAGUCAGCAGUUGAGUUCUGAUUUAUGUUUAGUUUAUAUUAUGGGUCAUCUUCAGUCAUAUAAAAGAUAGUAGCCACUUCAUGCAUUUAAAAAGCAGGGAAUUGGUGUUUCUUCAGCUUCUGGAUUUUUAUGGCUGAUUGGAGCCCACUGACUGUGUGUGAUAACAAACCGCCUCUGUGACAUAGUUUAACCUGCUCAAGUAGACCUUACUUAAUAAUCAGUGAUCUGGAUUGAUUUUUAGUGAGUGGGGUCUUUGGAUGUGCAUUUCCCCCAUAUAGGAAUCUCACCAAUUGGUGCUAUGAGGUUCACGAAUGCAACAUAAUUGCUCAUCACAUACUAGUUUUGUAAAAUCUUUAUGAUAAACUGAUCAUAAGGUUAUGCCACUCAGAUUGUGAUAGAUAAAUGAAUUUUCCACCUUCAGACUAUACUGAAUGUGUCUUUUGUUCACCAAGGUACCAACUACCGCCAUUUAUUUAUCCACAUCUAAUGCAAGCCAUAGAUCGUUGUGACGUAUGCAGAAGUGGUGCAGUAGACCCUUUCUGGCUCUUAUUUACUGCUUUCCAUCAAUAAUCUACAUAUAACAGAAAGACCAUAAAUUCUUCGGCGUAGCAUUUCUGAUAUUUCUAUAGUCUGAACCACGAGUUACACUUGGACAACUUUCUAAGGUUUGUGUGGAUCCAAACAUUGAAAGACUGAGCCCUAAAAAUGGCAAGGUCAUUUGGUGCAGCAGUUGGAGUCUCCAGUUAUCUGAUAUACAGUUUGAACAGAGCAUAAAUUCUGCUUUACUGUCUCCUCCGGCUGUUACAAACCCUGUCCUGCCAAUGUCUCUAAAAAUGAGACUAUCUGCUUUUUUGUUCAGGAUGUGGUCAGGAAAUCUAUUCUUAAUAUUUGUUGUGUUUUUUUUUUUUUUUUUUUUUUUUUUUAAACAAACUCUCUUUGCUGCUAGGAUGUUACCUUUGAGACACCAUGUAUAGCUCUCCCUUUUAUUUUAAAGUUUUUAACAUAAAAUGUGGUUUGGACAAACCCUUGUGCUUACGGAUACUCGUUUACUUCACAGGGAUCAAAGUGUACCCUAGUGGACUCGCGGAUGUGGCAAGAAUAAAUCCCCUUUUCUAUUGGACCUACUUGGAUCAACUCGGCAUGGUUCGCUAUGGUUUUCAGGUUUUUCCAUUAGGUCACAGUACCUGGUUCUUUUGUUAGUACCUGCUCGCCCGGGCUUCCAAGCGAUCCAAGAGUGUUGUUUCCCCUGGUUGAAGACGGUACUUUCCAACCAGACUCUGCAUUACCAUUGCGCCCAUGAGGUAACGUCAGGACUUACCGGCCCCUCAUUAUCACCCUUGGUCCAUCCAUUUCCCUCCCCUCUGACCCUUCCUUCCUUGCACCUUCCCAACCAUGGGCCAAAAGAUCUCUGGAACCAUUAAGUCAGUCGAUGUACGUGGAGAGCCAUCAUACAGGCCUGUUCGACGUGAACUGCGGGGCCCAGAUUUCUGUCGGCCACCUAGGCUGGACUUGCUGCUGGACAUGCCCCCUGCAAGCCCAGAGACUCAGCUUCAGCACGCCUGGAACCCUGACGACCGAUCACUCAAUGUCUUUGUUAAGGAGGAUGACAAGCUGACGUUCCACAGACACCCUGUAGCACAAAGCACAGACUGUAUCCGAGGUAAGGUGGGAUAUACAAGGGGCCUCCAUGUAUGGAGGAUUCACUGGCCAGCCAGACAGAGAGGCACCCACGCUGUUGUGGGAGUGGCCUCUGCUGAAGCGCCUCUACACUCGGUGGGCUACACAGCCUUGGUGGGCUCAGACUCGGAGUCCUGGGGCUGGGACUUGGGUCGGAACAGACUCUACCAUGAUGGGAAGAACCGGCCUGUUUCCACAUCAGCACCCACAUAUCCCUCUUUCCUGGAGCCAGAUGAAUCGUUUGUGCUUCCGGACUGUCUGACAGUGAUACUAGACAUGGAUGAAGGCACGCUGAGCUUCAUGGUAGAUGGACAGUACUUAGGAGUGGCUUUCAGGGGGCUGAAGGGCAAGAGACUCUAUCCUAUCGUCAGCGCUGUGUGGGGGCACUGUGAAGUGUCGAUUCGCUACGUUAACGGACUAGAUCCGGAGCCCCUCCCCCUCAUGGACCUGUGCAGACGAGUAGCUCGACUGGCUCUGGGUAGAGAGCGCAUCCAUCACAUUGACACACUCCCCUUGCCGCAGACACUAAAGAACUACCUCCAGUACCAGUGACGGCACAUACACAUUAAACGCACACAGCAAGAAACUGAGGCCCAUUUGUUCUUAUGGUAAGCCUCUGGACUGAACAUCAGACAUCUGCUGAGGAUGCAGGCGAUGACAUUGAACAGGUGGUUAAGAUGCCACCGCAAAGGGUUUUGUUUACACAAGUUUGGGGGUUUUCCAUUUUGGGUGUUUUUAUCUUCUGGUUUUAUGCUCUUAUUUUUAUUUUUUUUUUGACUUGUUUCCAUCUUCUGACAGAUGACUAUAGGAGCUGAUGAAUGAAAUGAAGGGAGCGAGAGAUUAAAAGAGAACGUGUCAAUCCAUUUUCCUAUGUCGAGUCUAACCACAUGUCCUCAGAUAGAAAUGCUGUGGUUUUCGGGUAACAGUUUACCCAGACAUCUGCUGUGCACAGACUCUGUGGAGGCUUCCUCGGGAACAUAUUGGUAUUUAUAUUUAUAUUCCCAACAACACAGCAGGUUCUGUGGAGACUCGACAAUCCCUGCAAAGCCACACGCAGUUCUAUUUCUGCUGCUGUGUACACGGCACACAUGGAUCACGUAUAGGCAGCCUGUGUAUAGAAACAAUGUGAGCCCGGUCUGUAGCAAGAAGACGACUCGCUGACAAGCAGGCAGUAAUACACGCAGGCUAGAAAACAACCCCGCUCUGGUUUCAGAUUUUUAAAUCGUCCUUCUCUCUGCUGCCAGCCGUACUCUCUCUCUUUUGUUCAGUAUCUCUCCACCCCUCGCUCCAAUGUGAUUUUUAAGCCCCCGUCAGGCUUAGUGAACUGAAAGGACCGCAGACACGCCGUUGGUCGGCUCUCUAGCUCCUCUAACACUGAUAGGGAUUGAUCCAAAGGUGAAGCAGGGGCCCGCUCUGCUACAACACACAAACACACAUUUAUCAGGAAACGCUUCUUUCCCCCCAAAAUUUUAAAUGCUGCUUAUCCUCCAUAUGACUUAUGAUGUUUUUUGUUUUGUUUUUAAUCACUGACGUACCCUUAGACUUUUUUCUUUUU